AUGGCGACACAGGCGUCUACGAACCCAGAGUCGAUGUCGAACAAUGCUCUUGUCCGAGCGAUCCAUAAGCACUAUAGUGACACGACCUACCACAGGUCCUCGCGUACCAUAGAAAGCGAGAAGACCAUUCUAUGUGGGAUCCCUUUCAACCGCUGGGUCAUGUUCCCUACUGCCUUCAUCUUCCAAGCCAUUUGUGGAUCCCUCUAUGCCUGGUCGGUAUUCAAUGAUCCAAUUGACGGAUACAUCUAUGGCCUGAGCCACAACGCCGCCACAAGCCAAUAUGCACCGCUUGUCCAUAACGCCCCCAUAACCUUCUACAUUGCCGUCGGAUGCUUUGGUAUUUCAGCGGCAGUGAAUGGUCCAUGGCUAGAACGAAACGGCCCUCGUCUGGCUGCGAUCCUCGGAGCAACCGUCUUCUUCCUCGGCAACAUGAUCGCCGCCAUCGGCAUCUACGCCAAGAUCAUGGCCCUUCUCUACUUCGGAUACGGUGUCCUCGGCGGUGCAGGGUUAGGUCUUUGUUACAUCUCGCCCGUGUCGGCGUUGCAGAAAUGGUUCCCUGAUCGUCGUGGUCUUGCUGCGGGUUUCGCAGUCUGUGGGUUUGGUGCUGGAUCGAUUAUCUUGGCCAAGGUUCCUCAGCCGUUGAUUGCUGAGGUUGGGUUGCCGAUGACGUUUGUGGUGUUGGGGUGCUGUUACUUUGCUGCGAUGUUGGUCUGUGCGAUGGUUUUCCGUGUCCCACCACCUGGGUUCCAGGUCAAUGGGAUGGAUAUGUACCGCAACAAAGUCGAGGGAGGCGAUUCUCUCACUGCUGCUGCUCAUGGCGAUAAAGCAGAAGUGAUUCCAGAUGUGGAGGCACAUUUGGACGAAAAGGCGGUGCAGGAUUUCCGGGAUCCCGGCGUGAAUAUGGCUCUGAGCUCGGCCAUCUUUUCGAGCGAGUACCGAAUUAUGUACAUCAUGUUUUUCGGAAACUCUGUCGCCGGGCUCGUCGUCCUAUCUCGACUCGCCAACAUCACAAAGGAUAUCUUCAACAAGGAUGAGGCCACGUCGGCGACGAUUGUGGCGAUCAACGGUGGAUUCAAUCUGGGUGGACGACUCUUCUUCUCGACUAUGUCUGACCGUCUGGGCCGCAAGAACUCGUUCUUUGUGAUGUUGUUGGCUCAGGUCAUCAUCCUCGCGGCACUACCUACCAUCUUGGAGAAGCAGGUUUAUUGGGCGUUCUUGUUGGUCAUCUGGGUCCUGACGGCCUGUUAUGGUGGCGGGUUCGGUUGUAUCCCUGCCUUCCUGUGCGACAUGUUUGGACCCUCGAACAUUGGCGCCCUGCAUGGCAUCAUCCUCACCGCCUGGUCACUGGCCGGUGUCGGUGGAGGACUGCUCUUCACCGGGAUCUACAACCACCUCCUCGAGUCUGGCUACACCAUCCGUGAUGCAUUUGUGUAUUCCGUUAACUUGCAUUGGAUCCUGGCUGUUGCCUGUGUUGGAUUCCUGUUCCUCUUGUUCGUGGGGACUCAUAUCCAUGAUAGGUUGUUGCCAAAGGCCAAUGGGGAGUUUGCGAGGAUGAGAGUGUUUGGACGGUUGGUCCGAAUUGGGGCGUUUGGUUUCCAGUGGUUGACCAAGGAGCAAGAGGAGGCAGAGUGGGCUGCGUUUGUUGAGAAGCGUCGACAGCAGGAUCUUUUGGCCCGUCGUGGAGCUAAUGUCUAUGACGGCUCUGGAUGA